CGACAGCCGCGUGUGGGUCACCAAUGCAGCAACAGCAGCAGCAGCAGCAACAGCAGCAGCACUUGCAGCAGCAGUACUUGUAGCAUUCAGCAGCAGCACUUGCAGCAGCAGAGCCUGCAGCAGCAGCAGCAGCAGCAAAAGUUUUAUCUCAAUUGCAUCUGCUGCCGAAUGUCGCCUAUGCAGCAGCAGCAACAGCAGCGGCAACAACAGCAGCAGCAACAGCAGCAGCACCAAUUGCAGCAGCAACAGCAGCAGCAACAACAGCAGCAGCAGCAACAGCAGCAACAGCAGCAGCAGGCCUCUCCUCUAUCGGAAGAACAACUGCUACCCCGAGGACCCAGCUGCUGCAGCUAG